AUGCCCGGAUUAUCUGAGCAGCUGAGAUUGGAAGCAUUGGUGGUUCUGGCUUUCAUAGCCGUGGUGAGGUCAUCCCCAGUGUUGACACCGGAGCCUAUCCGCUGUGCAGUUUGUUCUCAGGAGAAACUAAACGACUGUCCUGCCAUCCCAGCAGACUGCAAGCAGGUGCUGAGGGAGCCUGGCUGUGGCUGCUGCAUGGCCUGCGCCCUGGAGAGAGGAGCAUCCUGUGGGGUUCACACAGCCCACUGUGAAGAGGGUCUUCGCUGCACUCCCAGGCCUGGAGAGGCCAGACCGCUCCACGCACUGACCAGAGGACAGGGGGUCUGCAUUGAAGAGCUAGGCCAAGACGAAGUCGAUGGAGCCCCUGAUCAAGGCUCCCUGCAUUACCUGCUGGGUCUCAAUCUCCCCCUGGACCACCAAGACACUGCUGAGGGCCAAGAGAGUAUCAAAGCAAAGAUCAAUGCCAUCCGCAGCAAACUGGUACAAGAGGGUCCCUGUCACAUUGAACUGCAUGCAGCACUUGACAUGAUAUCCAGCUCUCAGCAGAAACUAGGGGAGAAGUUUACAACUUUCUACCUCCCAAACUGUGACAAGUACGGUUUCUACAAGGCCAAGCAGUGUGAGUCAUCUCUGGUUGGACCGCCGGCUCGCUGCUGGUGUGUUUCUUCCUGGAAUGGGAAGAAGAUCCCAGGAUCGAGUGACUUGCUUGGUGACUCAGACUGUCAUCAAGAAAUUACUCACUAAAGGAUGGACUCUUGCUACUUAAACAACACACAGACACAAACACAUCUAAACAAAAUCAAACAUGUUUUCAUAACUUCUAAUCAGGUAUUAGUGUAAGUCUGCUCGGAAGAGCCUGAUGAGUUGACUUCCUUCUACAAAAACUCUCAUUCACUCUUAAUCUAAUAUCCUAUUUCAGAGGAGGAAAUUUCCUCUCAUUUUAUUUACAUGUAUGUAUCAAGACUUAUUUAUUCAGUGCUUGUAUAUUCUUACUAACCAUUUGUCGUUUUUAGAUAUUUUAUAUGUUUGCCUAUUUUUUUGAUUGUAAAUAGGGCAACACUGUAUACGUUUGUGUUUCUGAAUAACUCCAUUGCUCAAAACCACAAAUCCACAGCUCUGCCAAGCCCAUUUCAGAGUCUUCACGAUCUGUUUUUUCUCGAUUCAUUCAAAACUGGUGCUGCUCACGGCACGAAAGACAACACAGCCGCUCAUUCAUACAACAUGUUGACAUUGUCUGAAUGUAUCUCCAUUGGCGUUUCCUCAAUGGGUAUUGGGGGAAAUACUUAAAGUGCCACAAGUAUGCACACGGUGACCAAGCACAAACAUAUCAAGACUCAUCCAGGCCACUGUGAGGUUUGGAUAGGGUUUUUCUGCAUUUGUCUACCUCUACAGGUCCACAGGUUUAGCACAGGAUUGCUGAGGGCUCUCUUCAGCUACAUCUCUCUCAUAUUCUCAUAUUUUAUUUGUCUUUAUUGACCUAUUCCAUCAUUUACUCAAGUAUUUAUUAUAAUUUUAGUGUCUAUUUAUGCCAUUGUUUGCUGCUGAGCUCUGUGAAGACCAAAGUGUUUGUGAAUAUUUUGCAAGGAAUGCUGCAUUCCGUUGUUGUUUUUGCUGAAACAAUGUACAUACUCUUUUAAUUCUGUGGAUCUGCAUCCAAUUAAAUUGUUAUUAUAAUGUG